AUGAUAUCUUCAACUACAGGUAAAGAUGAGAUGACCAAAGCUUUACAAGUCUUAAAGUCUCGAGUCGAUUGUGUCCAUGCACUUGGACUAGAAUUGUAUAUACUAUAUGGAGGAAAUUUAGCAAAAAGGAGCAAUCAAGUGUACACUUAUAAUCCCAAUACUAAUGCAUGGGCUCAACCCAAAGUCAGUGGAAAACCCCCUCCAGCCACUUUCUAUAAUUGUAUUUGGUACGAGGAGCCGCUCAUGUAUGUUAUGGGUGGAGAGACAGAGAAAAAGAAGACUAAUGACCUUUUCUGUCUGAAUACAGAGACUUGGACAUGGAGGAAAUUUUUCAUUUUUGAAUCACCCGCCCCAAGAUAUCAGCAUUCUAUUACCAGAGGAGAGAAGGAUAGCACAGCGAUAAUGUUCGGAGGUUUCUCUACCAAGAACCUUAAUGAUUUGUGGGAGCUUGACAUGACAAUGGUGAGUCAUACUGGGAAAGGGGAUCUUCCAGGAGCUGUCUGGAACUCACUUUCUCAGAAAGGCACCAUUCCACCAAAGAGGAGAGGACAUAAAAUUAUUAAAAUUCCUGCUAAAAAUCAAAUUGUCCUUUAUGGAGGAUAUACACUUGAAGAUGAAGAUAUAGAACAGAAAGAAGAUAAUGACCUCUACAUUUUAGAUUUAUUAAGUGUCACUUGGAGCAAACUUAAACUUGAUGGAGAGUAUCCUGAACCAAGAGCUCUCCAUUCAAUGACCUUCUUUACUCCACAAGAUCUUCUAAUAUUUGGUGGAGAGCAGAUAGAAUUUAAAGACUCUGAUGAAAAUUCGGUUAACUUUCUAAACGACGUAUACAUUAUUAAUUUACCAGAUAAAAAGCUCAAAAAGUUCACAAUCUCUUCUCAGCACCCAUGUCCGCUCUACGAGCAUGUAUGUAUCCUCAAGAGUGGGCCUUACAACCCUAAGACUCUAAUUUUCGGGGAGAUUUCUACUAAAUAUGUGAAAUCGUUCCCAGUCACUCUUUCCUACCACUGAAUCGAAGAAGAAGUCAAGCUUGGAAAGUCAAAUCAGGAAAAACUUGAGCGAGAGCGUAUCCAAAAUUUAAAAUCUGAGAACAUACAAGCUCUCGAGAAUAAACUCGGACUUAAUACAGAAAUCAUUGCAGAAUACAAACAGCAGAUUGAAGAUCGUGUUGCUCAUGAAGAGACCAAGCAAUCACCAACACUCAAAAUGGAGAAGAUGAAGCAAGACUUGGACGCCUUAUUCAACAAAUAAAAGCCAGAUCGAGAAAGACAUUCAGAAUAGAAACCAAAAGCUCAAGGCAAAGUUCGAGGAAAACAAAGCCAAGUUUGCACAUUUCCAGAAAUUAGUCAAGGAGAAACAAUCUCUCGCAGAGAUCUAUCAGAAGAAAGCUCAGGUUUUGGAACAGAAUUUUGGCAAAGCGGAGUUAUUUUUACUCAAAAUGUUAUCGAUAAAUGAAAGGUUAGAGGCUCUUAAUCCAGGAGACCGGAUAAGCAUCUUUGAUCAGUCGGAAUCACUCCCCAACCCGCCUAAUCUUGAGAGUUUAAAAAUACAGCACAAGAAGGCAUUAUUAGGAGUCAGAGAGUUCUACUCCUCUUUCAGCCCAAGUAUCGAAGAAGCUAAUUCCGAAAAUUCAGCAGUGUUAUCUAAGAUAGAGGAAUUACAUUCCAAAGUAGUAGGAGCUAAGUCUGGUCAAUAA